AUGCCCACGCUCGCGCACAGCCUCGCCCGCGCGCCUGAUGCGCGCAUGUCCCUACCUCCCCUGCUCGCGCCCUCCCCCCUUGCUUGUCCCGCACCCCGCCUGCGACCUAGCCGCGCCCCUGGUCGCCGGCCGCGCUCGCGCGUGGCCUCGCACCGCUCGCCCCGCCUUGCGUCACCAUUGCCGGCCGCGCCCAAGGCCGUGGCCGUCUCCGCCCGCACCCGCCUCCGGACUACCAUGGCCUUGCAGCUACCGCCUUGGUCCGUCGCUGCUGGCCGCACCCUCCUCUCCCCUGUCGGCCGCGCACGCUCGUCGCCGCCUCCGCCCGCCGCUAGCGCCGGCCGCGGCGCUCCUACCGGCCCUCCACGCCGGCUACGUCCCGCAGCCUUGCUCUGGCUCCACCGCGCCCGCUCGCCGCCGUCCCCACGGUCGCCGUCCCAGCUCGCGCCGACUGUCGCCGCCCCUGCGGCCAACUCCGGCGCCCCGCCGCGCCUCGGCGGCCGUCGCCCGCUCUCCCGGGUUCGCCCUGACGGAUUAACCUAA